UUUCAAAUGACCAUAAAUAAUAAAAUGGCGUCAGGUUUUUUGUGUGUGCGAUAAAUUAAUUGUUUUCAUAAAAAUCUGGAUUUUCUCCAAUUUUUUUUGACAUACGAAAGUGUUUUUUAUUUUAUAUGUAAUUAUGAAGCUUAUAAAUGCAUAUAUGACUUCUAAUAACGUACUAUUUAUUGUAAAUAAUGUGCGUGUCAAUGUUCGUUGAAGCGUCGUUGUUCUGGGCCGCCUUUUAUAUUGGGUUGAUUAAACUAAUUUAGAUGUCGUCUAAAGUUAAGAUUCAUCGUUAUUUACACAGAACACCAUCACAAGUUGUAAAUUAGUGUUGUUUUCGCUUGAUAUUCGGCGUCGCUGUCAAUGAGUGCGUUUUGCGUGUGUGGUUGUGAGGUCGUACAUACAUGUUCGCAAUGAUAAAACUGUCAUGAGGACUGUUUACUAUCAAAUAGUGAAUCUGUGUUAGUGCGUUUACAUUUCUAUGUAGUGAAGUUUAUAUUGUGGUGAAAAUGUGUAUGCCAACACCGAACAAUGUUUCGGGUUUCGGUUAUUCUUGGGGCUUUACGAGUUCCGCGGACCUUACCAAGGGCGAUGUCGAAACUCCGAGCAGCCUCAGUUAUUCGCUUGGGAGUACGGUGUCUCCAGAGACAACACUCACUGUUAUGUCUCACAAGACACCGCAAGUCCAAGAUAAAGUGGGUGCUGUUGCUGUGGCAGUAUCCAACUCGGGGGCUCAAGUCACAAGGGUUGUCACAGCAGGAGCUCCGGUGACGGCCAGGAGAGCUAUGUUUGUUCUGAAUGAAGCUCCAACCCAUACUAUAAACAGGGUUUCACAACAAAACCAAACAGCGACAAUACAUACAACAAAUUUAACAUCAAAGUCGUUUAUGACUCCCCUUGGACCACUACAACUGACGGCAGAAGAGUGCAAUGAAAUUCUAAUGAAAAGGGCACUGCAAGCUCAAGGAAUAGCGACUCCUGUCAUUGAUGCAUCACAGUUAAACCAUACAAUACUUAAUGGUGGCUUGAAGAGUUUAACCGAAGCGAACAAUCAACAGGGUCAAGCAGAAACAAUACAAACAACAACAGUACAACAACAUCAUCUGUUACAUACGAAGCAGGAACCUGGAACUACUAAUAGUUCACCUAAAGCUGUAUACUCACAGACAGAGAUGAUCAAUGCAAAUACAAUAAUGACGACAACAGCACCACCUCCUGCUGUUAAAGAGAGGCCAUAUUCAUGUGACGAAUGUGGAAAAUCAUUCUUGUUGAAACACCAUCUCACAACACAUGCAAGGGUUCACACCGGUGAAAGACCUCAUGUGUGCGCUCAUUGUGGCAAAGCAUUUGCAAGAAAGCAUUGUUUGAACACACAUUUGUUGCUGCAUUCAGCUGACCGACCUUACAGAUGUCAUGAGUGCAAAAUGGCCUUUACACUUAAACAUCAUCUUGUAACACAUUCUAGGGUACACAGUCGAGAUCGUCCAUUUGUAUGUGGUGAAUGUGGGCGAGGAUUUCCUUUGAAACGGCAUCUGGUGACGCAUAGCAAGUAUCAUGCCGGAGAACGACCCUAUGUUUGUACUGAAUGUGGAGAGAGCUUUGCUCACAAGGAGCACCUAGUGAUGCACAGCCGGUUCCACGGGUCGCUGUCGCCGUUCGUGUGCGGCGACUGCGGGGCCGCGUUCGCCCGCAAGUUCCAGCUGGUGAACCACGGGCGCGUGCACGGCCGCGUGCCGCACGCCUGCCCCGUCUGCGGGAAGGAGUUCCUGCAGAAACGGACGCUUGUCGCGCACUUGAAAAUACACACUGGAGAAGGAGUAGUCGCGUGCAUAGAAUGCGGCGAGGCGUUCAAGAGUAAAACCGAUCUGUAUCAGCACUGUAAGAUGUCGAGGCAUUGUUUAUCCACGUCAACGCCAUCGCAACAACAACAAACGACGGUCAUCAAACAAGACGAUUUUAAACCACAAAUUGUACAGCAGCAGCAGCAGCAACAACAGCAGCAGCAGCAACAGCAGCAGCAGCAACAACAACAACAACAACAACAGCAGCAGCAACAACAGCAGCAACAGCAACAACAACAACAGCAGCAGCAGCAACAACAACAGCAACAAAGACAAGUGCAACAGCAGCAGCCACAGACUAUAGUUAUAGAGCAAGAUGAUUUCAAACCACAGAUUGUUCAAGUGAUCGGCACCGAUGGGCACCUCGUCGCGGAGAAAGCGUCUCCCGGAUACGGCUGUCCUGAAUGCGGGUCCUGCUUCAACACAAAGGAGGCGCUGUCGCUGCACGUGCGUCUGCACGCCGGGGACCGCGUGUGCGUGACGGACCUGUGCGCGCUCACCGCCUCGCUGCAGCCCGGCAUCGUCGCCGCCGCGCAGCAGAACACGCACAGUCAACCGAUCCAUUUAAUAUCGACAACAAAUCCCAGUAAUGUUGUACACACGCAAGUCAUUACAACGAAUCAUCCGGUAACCACUCCGCGGCCGAAGAUACACUUCUGCAACGAUUGCAGUAAAGGCUUCGCAGCUAAACACGGCUUGCUGGCGCAUCAGAGGAGGCAUCCAGAAGGCAGCUGUACGUUGAGGACGCACGUUUGUGGCCAGUGCGGGAAGGCUUUCUUCCAGAAGAACCAUCUGAUGUUACAUCAGAGGCAACACAUGGACCUGCCUUCUAGAUCGAGUCAACAACAAGCUAAUCAGCAAGCGCAACAGGAAGCCCAGCAAGCAGCGCAACAAGCCGCCCAACAAGCAGCACAACAAGCUGCCCAACAAGUUCAGCAGCAACAACAACAACAACACCAACAGCAAGUUCAACAUCAAAAUGCUUUAGAACUAGACCAGGAUCACACACAACCAACACACAUACAAGUUGUGACGAAUCGUUCGGGGCAAGUCAUCGGUAACCAGAUAGUGGUGGGGGGAGGCAGACGUACCUUGGUCACGCCGCAUCUACAGCUGGUCACCAGGGACAAACAUCAUGCACACGCGCGUCACGCCAGUGACGUCAAAGAAGUUGGUGGCUUGGUGCUCUCAGCUGGUCGAGGCACUGGACUAAUCAAAUAUGAAAUCUCCAUUCCACCUCCAACGUCAGUAGUUCAAGUACAACAGCUGGACUGAGUAAAGCCAGAGCCCGAUGGAACCUUUCUCUUGUUCAAGAAGUGAAACAUUCUGUAGGGCUCUUAAAUGAAACCAAGCAUGAAACUUCCAACCAAGUAUGGUAGAGGCGGGCCACCAUCGAAAUGUUUGACGAAGUUAAGAAGGCGAAUAUCGUGGACCGUAGAGAUCAGAACGGAUAUUGCAAAGAACAGACUUUGGCGGAGGGACGUUUCAUGGCAACGAUCCGCCCUCACCGCACACACCUUGGUAAUGAUGUGAAGUUGAAAUCUGAAGUUCCUAAUGAUAAUGGAAUCUACGAUGGAAUUGUUACAAUGGAUCUGGAAUGGACAGUGAAGUGAAUUAAUUGUGGUCAUGUAAUAAAUGUUGUUAGAUUGACGAAAUGAUAAUAUGAUUGUAAUGUCUUCCGUCUCUUGAAAGCAUUUUUCUCAUAUAGAACCUCAAAGUGAUCUUGUGUUUUAAAUAUAGCGUCUAUUAGAAGUGAAAAAAAAAAGUUGAGUUACAAAAUGUCUUCCCAUUACUGAACGUUAAACAUCACAAUCUGAAAAUUUUUGAUUCAAUUGUAGACUAGUCAAGUUACAAUAAACAAGGAACUGCCAAAAAUUAUUAAAAAAAUCCGUUGAGUCUUAAUGGCUUUAAGUGUAUACUUGUACAGUGUAAAAUAAAAGUUUCAUGUAAAAUCUAAAAUGUACUGAUUAAUAUAUGGAUAUCUUUUUGUAACGAAUAGUUUUGAUUGUAUCUCAGAUCGGAAAUUCAGUUUGUUUGGGAGAAAUUAAACUUUGUCGGAGUUUGUAUUAAAAAACUAGAAUGUGGUAAAAAGAAUAGUUAAAAUUUUUUAGAUGCAUUAUUUUUCUAAGUAUUGUUCUUCUCAAUUUUACCUGAAACGGAAUGCACGUCCACAGAUUAACUUAACAUUGACUAGAAGAAUUAAAUGAAAACUACUUAAAAGGCAAUAAAUGUUCACGAGUUGUGUAAAUAAUGUUCUAAAAGUUAGAACUUUUGUACAGUGUUCAUUGUAGAUAUUAUGUAUAAGGCGUAGUCUUAGUAUAUAGUCUUGUGUACAUAUCAUAGAUAGAUUUUUCCUUUUUUUUUUUUUCGUAUUAUUUUAACGGUCCUGAAAUCCGUUUAUCUAUAACAUGUACAAUCUCUUUAGGAUACGGCAUUUAAGUUUUGUUAUCGUUUUUAGGGUAUUAAUAGUGGUUUUUCAUUUUCGUUCAGUGUUGCAAGCCGAUAAAAUUUUGGGGCUGCCAAUGUCGUAUUUUUUAUUUUUGUAAUAUCUUCUAUUAGGAGUACUUGCGAGUACACGAAUAGCUUACAGUAAAAUUGUGUUAGGUGCUUGGAUGGGUUAUAAAAUUUGUGUUUUAUGUUUAUCGAAUAGCAGUGUUCAUAGUUUACUUCGUUUUAAAAGAAAUAACAGUCUUAUUACUAUCAAUAGGCUGUUAAUUUUUGUGUGGUACAAUUUACUGUUAACACAAAGAUACAGUAUAGGUUUAUUUUUUUUUGAAAAAACGGAUAAGUAUUUGUAUUUGUGCAAUGAAAUUCUGUUAAAAAUAAAUAUUUAUAAGAGAAAUGAUCUGAAUUAAAUUGGUUAUCGACUGGGACAUAUUAGGACAUUUGGUAAUGAAUAAAAAUUUAGGUUAUGUUUAAAUAAAAUGGUUUACAUAUUUAAUAUUAUUUUUAUUAUAAUUUGGCUUUCGAUGGGAAAAAUACAAAAUAUUGUAAAUUCGAACACAAUUUUAAAUACAGUACAAUAUAUAGGACUUUUAGUCCAAUUUGUCUAAGAUAAUGUUCACUAAAUGUGUUCAUAAGUAAUAACGAUUAUUAGCAGUCCAUUGACAGUGUCGGUAACACGAGUCGCGGUUGUGAUAGCAAUAGCUGAGCGUAUCUUGUAUUCGAACUUAAUCAUUAAACUAUUAUAAAUAAAAGUGAUAUUUGCUUCGCCGUUCGAAUUACAGGCAUGUGCAGUAAGUACAUCGUCCCUGAAGGGAAAACGGGAGUAGGCUGUCCAUAAGUUUUGAAAAGCGUGGACAUUCCUACGACUAGCAACCAUAAAAUGCAACCUCUUGUGAAUUUUCUCAUGCAUUUUCGGUGCCUCCUACAAACGGGUUACUGGAGCCCAUAGACAUCUACAACGUAAAUGCGCCACCCACCUUGAGAUAUAAGUUCUAAGGUCUCAAGUAUGGUUACAACGGCUAUCCUACCCUUCAAACCGAAACGCAUUACUGCUUCACGGCAGAAAUAGGCAGGUAACCUACCCGCGCGGACUCACAAAAGACAUCCUACCACCGGUAAUUACGCAAAUUAUAAUUUUGCGGGUUUGAUUUUUAUUACACGAUGUUAUUCCUUCACCGUGGAAAUCAAACGUGAACAUUUGUUGAGUACGUAUUUCAUAAAAAAAAAAUUGGUACCCGCCUGAGAUUCGAACACCAGUGCAUCGCUCAACACGUAUGCACCGGACGUCUUAUCCUUUAGGCCAUGACGACUUCAAAAGUUUGUAAAAGUCGAACGGCGAGGUCCACAAAUAUUUGCGUUAAUCGAAAUACAAACUUACAAUUUACUAUAUUAAUCUUAAUGACAUUAAGAAGUUUUUGAAUCUGCUGGUGUGCUCGCGUUGUGAUGCGUUCUUUUCAAUCAAAAGGUAGGUUCGAGAUUGAUUACGUAACAUUAAAUUUUUGUGUAAAUGUGCCUAACGUGUAAGUACUCGAAUAUGUUUGUUCACUUGUGUUGACUGUUGGCGACAAUGGUUCGUUCUAACUGCGUGCUCGUUUGCCGGCUUGAGUUAAUUAACAAUCAAAAUUUGUAAAAAUUAAAAUUAAAUAAUAUAUUUAUUUAUUUAAUAUAUGAAAUCAUUGAAUGAAGAAACGCAAUUAUUGCUAGUUCUAGUCUGUGAUAGAAAAAAUAUGAAACUGCCGUCAAGUGUCCUGGUGAUGAAAGCGUUUAUUAAACACCAUUCGUUUUUAACUACCAAGAAUAAACAGACAAUAUAGAUUAGUUAACAGAUUGUAGAUAAAAUUUAAGUUUUCAGAAAUCCUGCUGAAAACUAUGGACACCCGAGUACGCCGUUCGAGUUUUGAAUUUGAAUUUUAAUGUUGGUCAAAUAAUUGAGUUUUCAAUGAGAACUGUUUGAAAAUGCUUUUUUUUUAAUUCUUCGUUGUGGAUGCGUUGAGUAUCUAUACUUGGAACACAUUAUGCUUAUUAUUUUUGGUAAUUAAAAAUAUCUGGUGUAUAUUUAAAUGUGAGGUGUAAUAAUAUGUGUAUUGCUCUCGUUUUUCUGGGAAGCUAUGGUUAGUAUAAACCACUAUAUUAUCCUGAACUUAAUAAAAUAAAACGAAAUAGGCAUUUGAAAUUCGGUCGAUUUUUGUGAUCAGAAUCAGUUUUGAUGUUUUCUAAUAUAAUAUUAGGGAAUAUAUCAUAAUUCAGUUAUGUAAUGAUCAAUUAAAACCUUUUAUGUACCUAUCCUAUAAUUUUUAAAACAGAAACUGCGUAAUGUUAUACAAAAUGUAGGUAUUUCUUAAGUUAGUCUAAAUCAUUGUAAUAAAUGUUUUUUUUAAAUCAUUUUGUAUACAAUUCAGAACGAUAUAUGUUUACUUCAGCUAGACUGAACUGACAUUUCCGGUUAUACUUUUUUUUUAUUGUAAAAAAAAACCUAAGCCUGGUUGACAUUUGUAAAUGACAAAAAGUAAAUGUCAAAUCGAUUUUGAUCGACAAUAUUUAUUUGAAAAUGGAAUGCAUUUGUUAUAAAUUGACAUAUUACAUUGAUUUCGAAGGAGGUUUUUUUAAGCGCCUUAUUCUUGAAUUCAGAGGUAUAGUGGUUUAUAUUUAAGAGAUGAAUAAUAUGCAGGUGCCUGUGCGUUCUUCGCUUUACAGUAUUAAACAGAAAAAGAAUUAUUAAGAAAUAAUUAAUACAAAAAAAAAUAUAGUUUCAUAUUUUUAACAUAUUAUUCUUUUUUUUCAUUUUUGUUUUUCUUUAUAGCCCAUUGUAUCUUGAGCUGUACGCCAUUUACUUAAGUGUAAAUAUUAUAGUGAAUAUCUAUAAUUUUUUAUAUUAAAUGGAAAUAUACAUAAUUAUAAUCGA